AUGCCAUCGAUUUCGCGAUUCCUGCCGUUCUCGGCCUCGACAACGACGACUCAGGCCGUCACGUAUCUGCUCGGCGUCUCGCUCUUCUCCAUCUCCUUUCUCGUCUUUCUCAACAGCUCCGUUUCCUUCGUCAUCACCGACCUUAUCGGACAGAAAAAGGACGUGGGCGAUGUCGUCGGCACCCUGGGCUUCGCCGACGAGCUCGUCGCCCUCGUCGCGUGUCCUGCAUGGGGUCUCAUCUCGGAUCGGCUCGGGGUCCGCUGGGUGGCCACCAUUGGUUAUGCCAUCAUCGGCGUCGCGCUCGCCGUCUUUGUCCAGGCCAAGAAUGUUUAUCCCCAGCUGCUGCUAGCCCGCGUCUUCUUCGCCGUGGGCGCUUCGGCCGCGGCCACCAUGGUCACGGCCAUACUCCCCUCACUAACGCAGGAGACGGGCCAGCCAUCGAGCCCGUCGGGGCCCUCGAGGAUCAAGCCUAACCCGCGUCUCAGCGCCGCCUUUUCCGUCGAGUCCGAAGCCACCAUCACGCCGGAGAUAUAUACCCGGAACCUGUCGCACGAACGGGUGCAUAACCCUGGCCCAGAUACGGCGGCCAAGCCCGGAAAGCCGUCUGCGUUGGCCGGGCUGGUGGGGUCCUUCACGGGCGGCGUGACGCCCGGCGAGGCUGUCUCGUACAGCUUCUACGUGGUCGGUGCCGUGUCCUUGGUCGUCGCUCUGUUCGUCUUCGUCGGACUGCGCAACCUGAAUGGCGAGGAGGGCAAGGGCUGGAGAGUCCUCCUCGGCAUUCGAAAUCGAUACGAUGCACUUGACGAUCCUGAAGCCGACGACGACGAAGAUGGGCCCCGAAGAAGGGAAGCGGUUCCCUAUCUUCGUCUCAUGAAGGACUCGGUCCUGCUGGGCUUCUCUGACCAUAGGAUCGCCCUCGGCUAUCUCGGCGGGUUUGUGGCGAGAGCGUCUACAGUCGCCAUCUCUCUCUUCAUUCCCCUCUUCGUCAACACGUUCUUUAUAAGCAACGGGUUCUGCCGUGGCUCGCCCAACGACCCAUCUCCCGAGCUGAAGAAAGAAUGUCGAGCAGCCUAUGUCUUGUCAUCCAUCUUGUCUGGAGUCGCGCAGCUCAUUGGCUUGCUGUGUGCUCCCCUCUUUGGGUAUCUCUCAGGCCGCACUAGGCGCGUCAACUAUCCCGUUGUCGUGGCAGGCGCCUUUGGCAUGAUUGGUUACAUCAUCCUCCCGCAGCUGGCCAGCCCCGAGCUCAAGGAUGUAGACGGGCGUGGAGGCAGCCCGACCAUCCUCGUCAUCGUGGCCCUCAUUGGCAUCAGCCAAAUCGGGGCCAUUGUGUGCAGUCUGGGGUCGCUCGGCCAAGGCGUCCUCGCAGCCGAAUUGCCACGGUCGGUUCUUCGUUCCAUCGCCGGCGUGUAUUCUCUGUGCGGGGGAGCGGCGAUUCUGCUUCUCACCAAAGUCGGGGGGAUCCUGUUUGACAAGCUGUCCCACGGGGCACCAUUUUACAUGAUGGCCAUGUUCAACGGGGUCUGGCUUGUCGCCAGCUUGUUCAUGGACGCAUCGCAGGCGUUUGCGAGGGUUUGA